AUGGGGGUCCCGAGCUUCUACCGAUGGCUCUCCCAAAAGUACCCGAAGAUCGUCGAGGACGUGGUCGAGGACGAACCGAUGGACGAGCUCGGUCGCGCGGUGGCGCUGGACGCGUCGCGGGCGAACCCGAACGGGAUCGAGUUUGAUAACUUGUACCUGGACAUGAAUGGAAUCAUUCACCCGUGUUUUCACCCCGAAGAUCGCCCGGCGCCGACGACGGAGGGGGAGGUGUUUGAAAAUAUAUUUGAUUACAUCGAUCGGUUGUUUCUGAUGAUACGACCGAGGAAAGUUUUGUACAUGGCGAUCGACGGCGUGGCGCCGAGGGCGAAGAUGAAUCAACAGCGGAGUCGACGGUUUCGCGCGGCGCAAGAGGCGAAGGAGAAGGCGAUGGAGGAGGAGAAAUUGAGAGAAAAGUUGACCAGAGAGGGGGUGAAGGUGCAACCCAAGGUGGAGAGCGGGGUGUUCGAUUCGAACGUGAUCACCCCGGGGACGCCGUUUAUGGGUCGUCUGAGCGAAGCGUUGAAGUAUUACGUGCACGAUCGAUUGAACAACGAUCCGGGAUGGCGGGGAAUCGAGGUUAUAUUUUCAGACGCGAGCGUGCCGGGUGAGGGCGAGCACAAGGCGAUGCAUUACAUUCGUCAACAGCGGGGGUUACCGGGGGCGAAUCCGAACACGCGACACGUCGUGUACGGUUUGGACGCGGAUUUGAUCAUGUUAGGACUCGCGACGCACGAGCCGCACUUUUGGAUCUUGCGUGAGUUGGUAUUUCAGAAGAAAGAUACGAACGCGCCGCAGACGCUGGGAAUGGGGACGGAAGAGACGAAGAAAAAGGUUGCCAUCGCGCGCAAACCGUAUCAGUUGCUGAGCGUGAGCGUCCUGCGAGAGUACUUGGCGCUAGAGUUGAGACCGGUCGCGCCGACGCCGUUCAAGCUCGAUCCCGAGCGUCUGUUCGAUGACUUUAUCUUCAUGUGUUUCUUCGUCGGGAACGAUUUCUUACCCCACUCGCCGACGCUGGAGAUUCGCGAGGGCGCGAUUGAUUUGUUGAUGACGCUCUACCGAAACCUCCUGCCGACGCUCGGUGGCUACCUGUGUGCGGAUGGCCGACCGAACCUACCGGUCGUCGAAAAUUUCGUACAAGUCGUCGCGCAGCACGAAGACGCCAUCUUCCAGAAGCGCGCGAAGAAGGAGGCGCAAAUGCGAAGUCGAAGACAUCGCGAAAAGCAGAAGGCGAAGGAUUACUACGAUCGUCAACGCCAGGCGAGCGGUACGGUCGGACCCUCGAAUUCGUACGCUUUGGGCGGAUCGAAACUGGCGAGUGAUCGCGCUCCAGCUGCGCCUGAUCAACUCGUCGCGCUCGGACGCGGUCGUGCACCACCGCCACCACCGGCGAAGAAUAAGACGGCGGAAGAGAACAAGAGCGCGGCGGACGCGCUUCGAGAGAGACUCAAGGCGCGCGGUAAACGUGCCGCUGAAGCCACGGCGGACGUCACGACCGAAGACGCGGAUGCGAAGAAGGCGAAGACGGCUGAGGGCGAGGACAAAGAGGACGCCAAGGCAAAGGCGAAGGAAUUCUGGAGCGAACUGGAACAGGCGACGACGGAAGCCGAAAAGGAAGAUUCGGAAUCAACCCUCACGACGGUUGACAGCGACGAGGUCGUCGAACAUCCGUUCGUACAAGCGACGGGGCCGGAUGCGCAACCGGGGGAUUGGAUGUGCCCGACAGGAUGCGGGGCGAUGUACGGGAACAAAGGCUCUUGCUUCAGGUGUGGUUGCCCGAAACCGAGCGAGGUGCGAAAGUUCAAGGCUGGAGAAGAAAUGGAUAGCAAAUCUUUCCUCAAACAACUCGAGGGCAUCGUCAAGAAUCUCGGUGAUCGCGAAGGCGAAUCACCAGAUACAAUUCGGCUCGGCGAAAGCGGAUGGAAGGAUAGAUAUUACGAAGCGAAGAUGAAGGCGACACCACAAACGCGCGAGCAGAUAGCUCGAGGCAUGGUUGUCGAGUACGUUCGGGGUUUGAUUUGGGUGUGUCGAUACUACUUCGAGGGGUGCUGCUCAUGGGGAUGGUUCUAUCCGUAUCAUUACGCCCCGUUCGCGUCCGACCUGACGAAUUUAGCGGGUAUCUCCACCGAUUUCGAGCUCGGGAAACCGUUCAAGCCCUUCUCGCAGCUCAUGGGCGUGUUACCCGCGGCGUCGUCGCACGCAUUGCCGGCGGCGUAUGCGCCUCUCAUGUCCGACAAGGACUCUCCAAUCAUCGACUUCUAUCCGGAAGAUUUCGAUCUUGACAUGAAUGGAAAGCGAUUCACGUGGCAAGCCGUGGCUUUGUUGCCGUGGAUUGACUCUCGACGCCUGCUCGAGCAGACGGAUAUGCUCGAGUACACGCUCACCGCGGAGGAAAAGCGCCGAAACUCCAUCAACGAAGAGGAGAUAUACGUCAACACGGCGCAUCCGUUGGCGAAACAGUUCGUCAAACUCGACGAGCGCGAGGACGAGGACGCUGAAAAGACGCUCCCGAUGGAUCCAAAGCUCAGCGACGGGAUGAACGCGACGCUCGUUUCGGUAAAACGUGAAGCGAAACCGUCAACGAUUCCGUCGCCCAUUUCUUGUCGGCCGGAUAUACAGAACAAUCAAGUCAUCGUCGCUUCUUUGCGUCUACCGACGGACAGGUUCGUGCCUCCCGUGCUGAUGCCCGGCACUGUCUUACCCACUCCGAGCGUCACGGAACAAGACUUGCCGCCGCCGCCGAUGACGAUUUUGGGUGAAAAUUUUGACAGGCGCCCGCGCGGCGGUGGUCAACCUACCAUUGAUUACGGUCGAGGCAUGGCGGGACACCCGAUGGCCGGUCCGAUCGGUGGACCGCGCAUGGACUCUAGAGCGCUCCUGGACGCGAGCAUGGGUAGAGGCGCGCCGCUCGGAGGCGGGGCGAACUUCCAACAGCGCGCCCCGCCUCCGCCGCCGACGUACCCGCAGGGAUACCCGCAGCAGUAUACUCCCGGCGGCGGAGGCCGCGGCGUCCCGCUCGGAGGAUUCCCUUCUGGGAAUCCAACGCCCGGACGAGGCGGUCCAUCGCCCGCGGGCUACGCCCCCGGCGGUAACCGCUUCGCCGCGUUGAACAACCUGCCGCGACGCGGUCCGCCCUCGACGCGUCCGCCCUCCUCGGACCCGCGCGCGCGAAAGUGA